GGGCGAUAGGUCUGUAAGGCAAGAGCCUGCAGCCAGGGAAUCUCUCUCGCGUAAUAAACGCGGGACUCGUGCCCCGUUCAUAAAGCCGAGCCAAUGGAUUAAAAGAGCGAGGUAAGGCAGAGGCAGAACACUUCGGAGACCCAUCGGAGAAACGGGCAGUUUAGGCUGGCAGAGAAUAUCCACGGGCCACCUGGAAACCGCAGGACAGCGAUGUGCCUUAUCCAGACAUACCAGCGAGGCAUACCUCUGCAUGUUGGAGUUUCUACACAGCAGUGAAAAGAGAAACCGAACAAACAGUAAAUCAGCACUGUGGCUUUCACCACAAGAAUCUUUUCAAAGUGACCAAGAAGCUACCAGGGAGUUAUGUCUGAAGAGGCUAAAAAAAUGGAAAAACAGCCUCCUGACCCUCCACCAGACCCACGCUGGAAGUUCCUUGUUGGCUACCUCUGUUUCUACGGCUUCAUGGGCCAGAUUAGACCUGGGGAGAGUUUCAUCACACCCUACCUGCUGGGAUCGGAGAAGAAUUUCACAAAGGAAAUGGUGACCAAUGAAAUAACACCUGUCCUGUCGUAUUCUUACAUGGCAGUAUUAGUGCCCAUCUUUCUACUCACAGACUAUCUACGGUACAAGCCAAUGUUGGUGCUACAGAGCUUGAGCCACAUUGCUAUCUGGCUGCUGCUGAUCUUUGGUACCAGCAUCAUUGCCAUGCAGUUCAUGGAGUUCUUCUAUGGAAUCACAAUGGCUACGCGAAUAGCCUACUCCUCCUACAUCUUCACCCUGGUCACUCCGUCACGCUAUCAGCGCAUGGCCAGUUAUUCCCGGUCUUCCGUGCUGAUGGGCGUCUUCACCAGUUCCGUGGUGGGACAACUCUGUGUCACAGUUGGAGGCACUACCUUCAUGACAGUGAAUUAUAUCUCAUUGGGCUUCAUGGGCUUUGGGCUGGUCUUGACCCUCUUCCUGAAGCGUCCGAAACGCAGCCUCUUCUUCAACAGGAGCAAGAGCUGGUGUAAUGGUACCUCGCCCUCAGAACUGGACAAAAUGAACCCUGGGGCAGGAGAGCCCAUGUGGUAUAAGGUCUCUUCCUGGAAAAAUCUGGUCUUAUUCCGGAUGGUAAAGGAGUUGGGCAUUAUUGUACGAAAGCCACAGCUGAGACUUUGGUCCCUUUGGUGGAUAUUCAAUUCUGCUGGCUACUAUCUGAUGCUUUAUUAUGUGCAUAUUUUAUGGAAUGAAAUAUAUCCCACAAAGGACAACAGAAAAGUCUACAAUGGUGGAGUGGAAGCUGUUUCUACCCUGCUUGGUGCCAUCACUGCUUUUUCUGCUGGCUUUGUGAAGAUCCGAUGGGCCUUCUGGUCAAAACUGGUGAUUGGGGUUGUGACAGCAGUCCAGGCAGGCCUACUGUUGUUGAUGAACACAACUGCCAAUAUUUGGCUGUGCUAUGUGGCCUAUGUCCUCUUCAGGGGCUCCUACCAGUUUCUUGUGCCUAUAGCCAUUUUCCAGAUCGCAUCUUCGCUGUCCAAAGAACUCUGUGCUCUGGUGUUUGGUGUCAAUACUUUCCUUGCCACAGUUCUCAAAACCAUCAUCACUAUCAUCAUAACCGAUAAGAGAGGCCUGGCUCUGCCAGUCCAUUCCCAGUUCAACGUUUACUUUGGCUACUUCACUGUUCUGGCCACGCUGUAUCUUUUGUCAUUUGUGUACAUGAUGGCAAGGCACAGUGCUUGCAAGACACCCCAAGAAGAGACCACACCAGCCAAGGAACUCUGCAGCCCAGUUGAGGAGGAGAACGUGGACAAGGAAGGAAGCCCGGAACUGGCUAGUUCCAAAGCCUGAGAAAUACCCCAAUCUAUGUACGUACAUGGAGAUGGAUUUUCCUGCAAGGUCUCAGUUGAGAUGAGACCAGUGCAGCUCUCGUGACAAUCAGCACUUAUCAAAGUCAAUGCAUCCCUAUUUUCACAAUAUUGGAGCUCUGUAGCUCAGAGAAAAGCUUGCUUGGUUUCAAAUGCAACGUUGAUGCAGUUGACUCUUCUGGCAGCUACAAUUCUCCCUGUUUCUUGAGCCAAGUUACACUGAAAUAAUAUUUACCAAUAUUAUAAUUGGGCACUUAAUUUUAUGAUUGUGUGAAUUUGCCUUUAAACAGUUAUCUUCCUAGUUCUGUUGUGUAAAUUUGCCAGUCACCAGAGCAUCGAGACUAAAGCACUUUUAAUGUUGCUACUGGUUAAUAUACUGUGAUGCGAUUCGUAGUAACGCAAGACACAUUUCUGUUUUCCCCUUUAUAGGAAAACAGAUGCUUUUCGUAUUUGACCCCUGAUGAUUGUAAUUGCCACACUCAGAAAACAUAUUGCAAAGAAUGAAAUUACCAGGCUUAAAAAUGCCCUUAAAUUCAUGAAAAUACUAAGAUAGGACCAAAAUGAACUAGACAAUCCAAUCUUCCAAUUCAUUUAGAAACCAAGAACUUGCAUUUUUGAUUGAUGCUUGUGCUCCUCUUUCACAAAACCCAAGCAUUUCUUUUCAUUUUAUGGAGCUGACUCACGUGAUCCCUUCAGGAGCCCACUAGAGAAGCCCGAUUUGAAAGGAAAGUAGGUCAGAACAUAAGCAGAGGCAUUUCAAGCAGCAGCUUGUAUGUAUUUCUAAGCUUGUUGAAUAUGUCCACAGUUAUAGUUUACAAUGCAUUUUUUUUUAAUUUAAAAGAUGCAGCAAGUCUUAUGGCUUAGGAGUCGUAGUUUCAACACUGAAGCUCCCCAGAUGCUGGUAUCUCUGCUUCACAGAUACCCAGAAGCAUCUGUCACCAGUUCUUAUGCUCCAGGCCAGGUUUAAGAUUUCAGUAAAGACCCAAUGCAACAGUCUGGAGGAUACUUUCCUUUAUUCAGUGCCUUUAGAAAACAGUUUAUAAUACACAACACGCAACUGACAAAGAUAUAAAGGUCCACAGGCUUUUAAAACUGCAUUAAAAUGUCACAAAAUACAGUAGACAGUAAAAAAAAAACUGACUGUAUGGACUUGCACGGAUUUUCCCCACUGCAGUAAUAACAUUUUGUUAGGACAAUAAAAACAAAGCUUAGGUAGGAAUUUAGCACCUUGGUUUUUUUUUAAAAAAAACAACUCAAAUGGAUGGAUACGGAGCAAGCAUCAGCCUGGCUUGAGUUUUGGACACCAAAAUGCAAGACCGGUGAUGUGGAUGAGACAUUUCCAUAGCGGUUAAGUCUACAUGCAGAGGAGAGAUGCCAAGCUGCUUUGCUGUGACUUGCCCUUAAGAUGGCUUUUGAAAAGGCUGAAGCCAGAAUCAGGAAUCCAGCCAUGCUUUUAUAGGGGAAGGAAGCACUUAAGACACAACCCCAGCCUGUGCUCCAGAGGUCUCCACCCCUUGAAAUAAUGCUUUGGAAUGUGUAGGCAUGGUUCCUGUCCCAGUGUUAGGAGCAGCGGAAGACUAGAGGAGUGGGUCUCCUUUAACUUUGGUUUGAGAGGGGUGGCAAACAGCAUUUAACUGAUUUGAACCUCCAAGCCUGCACUAGCGCUGGGGGUGGGGUUUGUCAGGAUUUGACUUAACCCGAUCUGACAUGCUGAAGGCAGCUCCUUGUGGGUGCAUUUGGCUUUCUUGUCUAAUCCACUGUUACCUGGCAACUGCUUUUGCUCCCGCUGUGUGUUCCCUGGUUAUUUUGUAGUUGAGAUUUGAAGGUGAAUGGGAUGGUUGGCCUGGAACAAACACUCUCUCCAAGAGGUGGCUGCUAUCAGCAGGGCCAGGGAACAAGAUUGGCAGGGCUCUGAUAACUAAUGGGAACUCUGGGGCUCUCCAGAUUUUUCUGUAACCCAAUUUGUAUGGCAAAUGCUGGGCAGAGGUUAAAAAAAAAUUGGCAACUUCCCUGCAAGGCAGAGAAGAAAAAUAUUUUUAACAACAACAAAAAUCCUCAAUAAAGGAACAAAUAUAAAUUCUUUUUGUGUGUGGCAACUUUGCUCCGAUUGUGCUCCUCUCCAGGAGAGCCCUCUAAGGAAAAUCCUACAUCUAAAUUACCUUUAAGGUGGUUCCUUUUAACCCUUUUGCCUCUUUGAAGAACAAGGAAUGAGCAAUUAAAGGAAGAAUGGUGCCUAAUAAUGACUAAGUGUUCUUUGUCUCUUUCUUCUGACCCUGUUUUUGCGAAGGAUGCUGUAGUAAACUGUGUAUCAGGAAUUGUAAAUAGCCUUUGAAGGGAGCAUUAUUACUUCCUUCUGUGUCUGAAA